CUUGACUUCGACAGCCAAGUCUGCUGAUCUGACAACUGUUCUGUCGCUUUGCCACCGACCGCCCCUUUAUCCGCUACUCAAUUUCUCAAGAGUUGCAAGGCUCUGCAUACCAAACAAGACCACUUGAUCCUGCACUGAACGAAACGAACUUUAAAUCCAAUUCUCACCGAAAAAUAUGUUUGCUUCACUUUGUCCGUAUUUUAGCUCUUUCACACUCUGAAGAAGAGGUUUCUUCUCAAGUUUUGAAGACAGGGUGCUAAGUGGAUUGGACUUGUCCAGAGCAAGAGAGCGAGCAAGAGAGAGACAGAGAGCGAGGGGAGGGGAGGGGAGGGUGAAUCUAAUCCCCCUAAUCCAGGAGGCAUCCAAUCCUGGAGAAGCCCUCUUUUCCUCAGAAGACACAGACAAAAUAGUGUGACAGAUUACGACACACCAAUUAACUGUUUUCCUCCCCCAAAAAAUCUUCCCCCAUCCUUUCACAGAUUAAGUUGAAGGACUAUAACGUGUGGGGUCUUGGAAACAAAUCUGUACACUGAAGACCAAAAACAAAGGAUAAAAGCUUGGCGAGUUUAAUCGUGAGGACCAAGAGCAAAGUCUGGACAUCUUGUGGAAUUUGUAACACUUCUCGGGAUAAAAGCUUUUGACGUUGGGAAAUGGUGGACUUGUCUUGCUCAACGCUUCUACUGAGAGCUGUGUGUCUUCACGCAUCUCCUUUUCCCUUAUCAUCUCCAAAGACUCCACAGGAUCAUUGAUUGGAUAGUGAGGCUGACUAGAUUUGUUUGGUGUUUAUGUGUUCGCCCUAUUAUACAAUAUAUGAUGUGUGCCACUGCUAGUCACCCAUUAUAGACACCUAUAUAUUUACUUAUAGAAAAUAUGAGCAAGUGAGUCAGAUGAUCAAGCUGAGAUGUUAAUAUCACUGCGUAGUCCAUUGCUUUAAGAUAGCCUUUAGGGUUGGGAUUCACAGCUUUCAUUUGUCAUAUGUGGUUUGUGUGUUUCUUUGACUGGCUCCAGUGCCUUUAAACAAAAGAAGUGGUAUUGUUCUCCAGUGAAAAUAGCAUUUCUCAACAGUGUAGUAGUUAGACCUUGUAGGGGCACGGAGAUUUACUGUCUUUACUGUCUUGAUUGUUGCUGUAUUCAACAUCCAGACAAGAUAGUUCAGAAACAGAGAACACUGAAGGCACUGAAAAAAACUCCCACCUUAAGCAAAAAGGUGCUUUUAAACCUUCAAAAAUCCUAAUAACUUUCCAAAGUUAUUUAAAUAUGAUGAGAGUUUGACACACAGAUUGAUCUUAUGAUACCAACGUUCUUAGGCCAGAGAGCACGUUCAGGAAAGAAUUUUUAUGACGUUUGCAUAGAGUGCUGAAAUAUUGACUCUUGUUUUACAAGUUGCUUGUAAAAGGUAAGCGGCGUGAUUAGUGUCUAGACAGGAGGGAUGUUUGUAAAUAAGGCCUAGCCGAGAUCUGGCAACAGUAAUUCUGAUUUUCUGUGUGCUUCAGGACACUGUGGGGAACUACAUAAAAGGGAGAAUCGAGAUGAAUUGCUGAAAUUGGCAUUCACCGCAUUCUCUGAGGGGUAAACAAGUAAUUUGGGAGUGCUGAGGUACUUAUGUGGAGGAGAGAGACUUUGUAGGUGCCAUGAUUAUAGCCUCUUGGCAGUGCUAUUCAAUGCAUUUAUAUACUGUUGAGAUCCAUUUAACUCAGCGUAAGCUCUGAGUGGCAGUGGAGUGGAGUGCUCAAUCAGUCUGCAGCGCAAUCAGUCCGCACGUCCUCAUAUGACAUAGAUGAUAGGCCUGGGGUCUUUGGUAGCCUCAAUCAGUUUGUAAGAAAAGUUGGUGUAUUUCAGGACUGUAUGUACUUGGCCCCAUUUUAUGUUUUUGACACCACAGACUGUCUAAACUGAGUGGCAGGGGGAUUUUUGAUACUUUUAAUGACUACACAAGGCUAAAGUGGUAGACACACUACUACUGCAUGAUCUACUUUCCAGGGAACUCUAGCAGAAUAUUGUGAGUGUAGGCUAUUUUACCAGUAAAAGCUGAAUGGAUUUCUCUCCCAUUUUUUGAGAAAGACGGGUUGUAGAUUUCCUGUGCAUUUCCUUGGAAUUAAGGGCUAUAGUCGGUGCCCUGGAGGAUCGGCGUGAUAAGAGUAUAUUUAUAUAAACUGGUUCAGCCAUGAGUCUGGGCAAACUUCCAGGGAUUAAGGGACUGGUGUCAAGCUCGCAGAGCAAGCGACGCUUCAAGAGCGACCUCUCUGUGGACAUGAUCAGCCCACCAAUGGGGGACUUUCGCCACACCAUGCACGUGGGCCGCGGCGGUGACGUCUUCGGUGACACGUCCUUCCUCAGCAAUCACGGUGGUGGUGGUGGCGGCGGUGGCGGCGGUGGAAGCGCGGGGCGUCCCGAGUCACCGUCAGGCUCCACCAAGACCACCCGAUUCUUCUCCCGGACCCUGCGCCACGUCCGCAAGGUCCCGCCGCCACGCAUGAGGGGGGGCUCGAGGGACUUGUCGCUGCCACCGCCGCCCAUCUCGCCCAUCAUCAAGAACGCCGUCUCACUGCCCCAGCUCAACAUGGACCUGGGCAACGGCUCUGUGCAGAGGGCCCUGUUCCCCAGCUCCCUCAGCUCACCGGCGGACUCCCUCUACUCCUACGGUUUACAGUCUGGCUUUGUCACCCUACCCCGCCUAUCUCGCCUUGACAAACAGUCCCAAGACUCCUACGGGACGCUAUCCCCAGACUUCCGCCACGGCUCUCUCCCGGACAACAGCAGCCUGACGCGGUCAGACUCCCUAUCCUCCUUCACCGUUGACCUGGGCCCCUCUCUAAUGAGCGAGGUCCUGGGGAUGAUCGACAGCCCCACCAACAGCCACCGCUGGGACAAAGGCCACAAUGACAGCGAGCUGGACGAGGAGCGCAGUGUGUUUGAGUCGGUCACAGAGAGCCCCAUCAGGUAUCCUGCCAGCGCCGGCGCAGAGGACUCGCCCUACAACGGCAGGGGGCGCUCGUACAGCCAGGAAUGGGGUUCCGAGACGCCCAACGGGGACGAGGUGAACAGCAAUGGUUCGGCGAGGGCCACUCCAGACGCCUCCUUGUGGUCUCCGGCACGGGAAGAGCCAGCCAUUGAAGCGGGGCGGUUUCAGCAGGCUGUGGACGUCCUUGCUCGUCACUAUGGAGGCGGCAGCCAGGUGAAAGGGAGGCGAUGUAGCAAUGAGCCAUACAGCUCUCCAACAUUCAGCCACAAGAGAGAUUCGUGCACCUACCCAGAUGACGAGGAAGAGAUAAAGGUCUAAAUAAAUCAGAAGCAGAGAUAAACAUUUUGUGGUCAGGUAGUACACAAAACACUCAGCCACAGGAGAGAAUUGCGCACUUACCCAGACGACAAAGAAGAGAUGAAGGUGUAAAUAAAUCAGAAGCAGACAUAAACAUUUUGUUGUCAGGUAGUACGCAAAUGUCAUUACAACAUAUGACACCUGGAACUAAAAGCGUGGAGUGCAAGGUUCCAUAAACUGGUUUAUGAACAUUUCAUUUUUCAGGUGUAAGUCUCAGUAGUCAUACAAUAAUGCUUGUCCAUGAGGUAGGAGAGGUCAUUAACACAGCAAAGUUGGAAGUAUUUCACUUCUUUCUUAUGUAUGAUUUCUUAAAAAGAUAAAAUAUGGUAUUAUUUCAAAUACCAGAAAAGUGGCCUGAGGACAGUAGGUUGCCUAACCUAAACCAAAUUCAUCACUGCUUCUGUUUAUAUUAGAAACAACUUUACGUAAAAAAGAAUGAAUUAAAUAAGAAUAUACUCAAUAAUAAUGUAUAAUGUACAAUGUCAAAUAACAUUUUGACAACUAAAGAUGAAACAAAAUGAAGGAAGGCCAUGUUUUCACAGGAUAAAACUAUGUACAGAACUUAACACUUUCCUCAAAACAAGGCAAACAAGGGAAGGAGCAUGAACGGCAUUCAUGUGGUGUUAUUUACCAAUCCACCUACCAAUGACUCACGGGCAACAGUGAAGUGGGCGCUUACUGCCUCACAGAUGUAUACAGUAUGUUUGGAAACUCACCUGGAAUGAGGAAAAGCACAAUCUGUACUUAUUCCCCUUUUUAUACAGUGUGCAUCAUGUAUUGUUGUAUGUAUAUAUAUAUAUAUAUAUAUAUAUAUAUAUAUAUAUAUAUAUAUAUAUAUAUAUAUAUAUAUAUAUUGUUACUUUAUUACCAUGUCGACAUUAUGAUGUUUCUCUAAUAACUGGAUGUAAUUCUUUCCCCCAAAAGAAAUAAAAAUAAAAAAACGGAUUCAGAUACAGAUAUUCCCACCCUCUAACACUUAACAAAUUCACUAAGGGCUGGUCCCAGUCCUGGAGUAAAUGUCAUGGUGGAUUUUGGGAAAUGUAGGGCCAUUAGUACAAGUGAAGAGGUCUGCAAGAACUAAAACGUACUGACUAGAUGAGUACUAGUGUUGAAUAUGCAAAACAUUUUACUGACAUAUUUUCUAAACUGUCAUAAUUAAAUCAUAUAAUAUUGAUUUUUGAUUAUUUAUUUUUUAAUCCAAAUAUACACAAUAACAACACAUAUGUAACAUGAAGACCCAUUUAAACAUGACACAUCUGUGUACUGACACAAUUAAACGUUUAUGUACUUAAAAACAGCAAAGAAUGCUGUUUAUUGUAUGCUGGCUAAAGUGUGAUGUUUUAAAACAACCGCAGAAGUGAUGGUAAACAUAUUCUUAACACUG